AUGUCAUCAGGUCCAUUACCUCAACCGCGAGCUGUGUAUGAUCGGAAUACAACAUUAUGGUCGAACAUGGAUGAAUGUUUCUUUCGUAAUUGUGAAAUUCAGCCUAUUCUUCAGACAGGACCACACUGUGUGUCGACAGUUCUUGCUAUGCUAACCGGAAAGAAACCUAUAGAUUUUCAAGGCAAGAUGAACACGCAAGACCCAUGGUCAUGGUCGCAAGUGCUACAACCAUACGGAAUGAAGUUGGCUUAUUGUCCGGUGGAUGUGCGCAAACUCAAAUUCUACAUGAAUGAAUUGAUUGCAAUAAAUGAUCUCUUUACACUAAGCUAUUAUACAACUCUUGAUUCCAAUGAGAUUCUUGGCGAUCCGGAUAGUGGAGGCUGGGUAACUGGUUCGCAUAUUGUCAUUUUACAUCGAAAUAUGAUCCUUGAUCCUAUUUUUGGAACAACGACACCAGCACUCGAACAUCACUGCAACGAAUAUCAUACAAAACGUAUUUUUCGUGUUGUCCCCAGUGAUCAUGUUCGUGGACUUUAA